UCUCCUCGCACGGAGAUUCUAUUACUUCCCUCGAUGUCAUCCUCACAGGUUCUGAAGCCUCUUGCUUUCUUUUUUUUUUUCGACCGCCUACUCUUUGGUUCCCGCCUUUCUUUCUCAUUCUGUGUUGUUUUUAUCUCAAUUUUUUUUUUUCGAGGCUACAAAGCACAACAUGCGACAUACCCCUUUUGUCUUUUCCUAUGUCCUCUAUUUUGCUCUGACCCGCUUGACGAACUUCGGGACUGAGUGUAAGUUGGUAGUUCACACACAAAAUAUGUACACAAUGGACAAGACACGGCAGUGGCUGUACCUGGAUUUCGGUUUGGUUGACGGGAGCGUCGGUUCGUCAAAAGGAGACGCGGCCUGGCUUUGCCGCGGGCCUGAAAUUCCCAGUGUCACGCCGUGCCUGGGCUUUGGAGGCCUUGUGAAGUUGAGGACCUGCUCAAGUGCAGGUCAAGGUGAUCAUGGUGUGUUCUGUUACUGGAGGAGCGAAUGUGGUCAAAUGGCCGUAAAACGCAAAACCUGGGUGCCAGGAAAUGGAGGCUUCGCGUUAUACCCUCUUUACCUUAUGCUUCCUCCUUAAUUCAAUCAACCACCCGUUUUGUAGGUUCUAUCUGAUCGAAGUGUGAGCAGUUCCUCAUUUGUAACUAUUUGCGUGUUCCAAUGACGCCUGGGGUGUCAAGUCGAUUUUGUGGAUAAACAAAUGUCAUGCUGAACGUCGCGGGGCUCACAUUCAACAUUUUGACUACUGGAGUCCGAUAUAGCCAGACUCUUUUCCUGGACACCAUGGUAUUCCGCUCCAGCUGACCUGACCA